UAGUGCCAGCGCGUAGCCAUCUUGCUCAGUUUCCGGCGUGUUUCUUUUCUUUGCGUGACUGAAACAUGACGGGUUUUAGUGAAAAGGCCAUUCUAAUCGAUGGCAGAGGCCAUCUUAUGGGCCGUUUGGCCGCUAUCGUCGCCAAGACCCUGCUGGAAGGAAACAAAAUAGUUGUGGUUCGAUGUGAACAAUUGAACAUUUCCGGCAACUUCUUCCGCAACAAGCUGAAGUACUUGUCGUUCUUGCGCAAGCGAUGCAAUGUGAACCCCGCGCGUGGACCCUUCCACUUCAGGGCUCCUUCCAGGAUUUUCUGGAAGACUGUUAGAGGUAUGCUGCCACACAAGUCCGAACGCGGAAAGGCUGCACUCACCAACCUCAAGUGUUAUGAAGGUGUACCCUCGCCUUACGACCGCAGGAAGCGUCUUGUCGUUCCCGGCGCACUCCGCGUCGUGUGCCUCAAACCAGGCCGCAAGUACUGUCACGUCGGUAGACUGUCGACCGAGGUUGGCUGGAAGUACCAGUCUGUCGUAAAGACACUGGAAGCCAAGCGUAAGGCCAAGGCUGUGCUUUCAAUCCGCAAGCGCGACAAGCUGAAGAAGAUCACACGCGCCGCAACCACCAAGGUUGAAAAGCAGAUUGCGCCCUACCAGAAGGUCAUCAACGCCUAUGGUUACAAUUAAAUUAAGAGUGUUUAAUAAAAAAAUGUAAUACAA